CCCCGGCCCCGGCAGCUCCACCUGCAAACCCAGACCAGCCUAGACCUGAGGGGCAGGACGAUGCUCCUCCUCCACCGAUAGUGAUCAACACAUACGCCGACCAGCAGCUCAGACUCUGCGCCAAACGAAUGAAAGAGCGCCUCGUCCUGUACAAGGAGAAGGUGGUGGACCAGCACGCCUCAUCGCCUGAGAUCACCCCUCCUGUCACUCCGUUGCUCCCCAAAGACGAAUACGCACAGGUGAUAGAAGAGCGAGCUCGGCAGGCCGAGGAGAACCGGAUCAAAAAGGAGGAGGCAGACAAGAAGAGAAAAGAAGAGCAGGAGAAGAAGAAGAAGGAAGCCGAGCAGAAGAAGAAGGAGGAGGAGGAGAAACGGAAAGAGGAGGAAAAGAAAGUGAAGGUUCCCGUCAAGGCCAGGAUGAUCGCAGCCUGGUGGUCUGUGGUGGACCUGAUGUUGAAGCCCAUCGAGGUCCCCAUGGAUUCCAUGCUGGGGCCCACCAUCGACCCCUUCACGGAUCGUCGCUACAUCGCCUGGCUGAGUUUGGUGACGGUGGCCUUCAACUACAACAUGUGGUUCGUCACGGCCCGGAUGUGCUUCCCGUACCACACCGAGACCUCCGUCCCAAUCUGGUUCGGCUUGGACAUCCUGGCAGAUCUGGUCUACCUGAUGGACUCCAUCAUGUUUCAGCCUCGCAAGCAGUUCGUCAAAGGAGGAGACAUCAUAAAAGACCGUGGAAUGACAACAAAACACUACAGAGCAUCUGAGAGAUUUGUGUUGGACAUAGUGUCGGUUCUACCGUUAGACUUGCUAUACCUGCAGUUUGGGUUCAAAUCCCUUUUCAGGCUCAAUCGGAUUCUGAAGGUAGACACAUUUUUUGAGUUCAGUGAUCGUUUGGAGAGCAUCUUGGCCAAGGCGUACAUCUGGAGAGUGAUUCGAACCAUCGGUUACCUCCUCUUCAUGCUCCACCUCAACGCCUGYUUUUACUAUGUGGCAUCAGAAUAUCAGGGCAUCGGGAAGACCAAGUGGGUCUACUCGGGCCAGGGCAGUGCGUACCUGCGCUGCUACUAYUUUGCUGUCCGCAGUCUGAUCAACAUCGGGGGUCUUAGCGAACCCCACACCGUCUUCGAGAUCAGCUUCCAGAUGACAAACUUUUUCAUUGGGGUCUUUGUGUUCUCCAGUCUGAUUGGACAGAUGAGGGAUGUCAUUGGAGCAGCCACGGCGGGACAGACCUACUUCCGUACCUCCAUGGACAACACAGUGGCCUACAUGGUGACCAAUCACAUUCCCCACAUGGUUCAGAACAGAGUUCGCACCUGGUACACCUACACGUGGGACGCCCAGGGCAUGCUGGAUGAGUCUGAGCUGCUGGAUAAGAUGCCUCUUGUAAUGAGGACCGCCAUUGCCGUGGACAUCAACCUGGCAACGUUUCAGAAGAUUGAUCUUUUUAAGGGCUGUGACCAGCAGAUGUUGGUGGAUAUGUURCUGAGGCUUAAGUCCAUCAUUUACCUGCCUGGGGACUUUGUUGUGAAAAAGGGAGACAUCGGCAAGGAGAUGUAUAUCAUUAAGGGCGGAGCGGUCCAGGUGGUGGGAGGACCUGACAACAGCAUCGUGUUCGUGACACUGAAGGCCGGCUGUGUGUUCGGAGAAAUCAGUUUGUUACAGUCGUCUAAAGACGGUGGGAACAGACGGACAGCGAAUGUUAAAGCCUACGGUUUUGCCAACCUGUUUGUCCUGGAGAAGAAAGACUUGUUUGACAUUCUGGUCCACUACCCAGAGUCCCAGAAAGUGUUGGCUCGGAAGGGCAAAAAACUAAUGAAGGCCAAAGGCCCRGCUGCAGCCAAAGUGGAGGAGGAAAAGAAGAAAGGACUGGCACUGUUCGGACCCAAACCACCWACACCAAAACUGCUACGGGCCUUCGGAGGAACCAAUUUUUUGGAAAAACUCAAGGAGGAGCCGCCGCCUGAAAAUAAGGAUGAAAAGGUAGAAGAGCCGAAGUCAGGAGGGGAGGAGGAGAAAGAUGAGCCGAAGACAGCCGAUGAGAGCAAGAAGGAUGAAGCAAAACCAGGAAGCUCCUCCUGCUCCAGCCGAAGCUCCUCCUGCUCCAGCCGAAGCUCCUCCUGCUCCAGCCGAAGCUCCUCCUGCUCCAACCAAUCCAGAAGAAGAUGGAGGCCACGAAGCUGCUCCUCCAGCUGUUGUCUUCUCUCACUACACUGACGACGUUCUGAGAAGUGUCAUCAGGAGGCUGAGGGAGAGAAACGAGUCGCUCCGAGAGAAAUCCAUCGACCCGUACGCCACGUCUCCUGACAUCACACCGCCUGUCACACCAGUUUUGAAGAAGGAGGACUACGUCAGGCUGAAGGAGGAGGAGCGCAGAGCUAAAGAGGAGGAGGACAGGAGGAGAGCAGAGGAAGCUGCUAAAAAGGCAGAGGAGAAGAAGAAGAAGGAUGAAGAGAAGCGUUUGGAGGCGGAACAGAAAGCUGAGGAGGAGAGGAUGGCUGAGGAGGCAAGGAGGAAAUCCAGGAUCCUCCCGGACUUCAGCKGCUACUUCCUCGACCUCCUCCUCCUCCCCAUCGAGGAGAAGAUGGACUCUGUUCUGGGAAGCACCAUCGAUCCUUUCACAGACCGUCGGUACAUCGCCUGGUUGACCGUCGUCGCCGUGGCGUACAACUACAACGUUUGGUUCUGCCCGGCCCGGCUGGCCUUCCCGUGCCACGGCAGAACCGCCAACCCGUUCUGGAUCUUCUUYGACGCCCUCAGCGAUGCGGUGAACGUGGUGGACAUGGUCAUCUGGCAGCCGCGGCUCCAGUUCGUCAAAGGUGGUGACAUCAUCAAAGACAGAGCUCUGACUAAAGCUCAUUAUCGUAAAUCCUACAGAUUCAAGACGGAUCUGCUCAGCAUCAUCCCCUUUGAUCUCCUCAGUCUGAACUUCGGCUUCUCCUCCGUGUACCGGCUGAACCGCUUCGUCAGGUUUGAGUCGUUCUUCGAGUUCAGCGACCGGCUGGAGAGCGUCAUGGACAAAGCGUACAUCUGGAGAGUGGCCCGGACCACAGGGUACCUGCUCUACAUUCUGCACCUUAACGCCUGCGCCUACUACGUGGCCUCGGUGUUCCAGGGCCUGGCCUCGACCACGUGGGUCUACRACGGGAGGGGAACAGCUUACCUGCGCUGUUAUUACUUCGCAGUCCGUAGUCUCAUCAACAUCGGCGGCCUUCCAGAACCUGUGACUCUCUUCGAGAUCAUGUUUCAGAUGACGAACUUCUUUGUCGGUGUCUUCGUGUUCUCCAGUUUGAUUGGACAGAUGAGAGACGUCAUCGGAGCAGCGACGGCAGCUCAGACGUACUUCAGGGCAUCGAUGGACGGGUGCGUUGCCUACAUGAACACCUACACGAUCCCAAAGCUGGUCCAGAACAGGGUUCGGACCUGGUACAACUACACCUGGGCUUCUCAGGGGAUGUUGGAUGAGUCUGAGCUCCUGGACAAGAUGCCUCUGGUGAUGAGGAUCGCCAUCGCUGUGGACAUCAACCUGGCCACGUUCCAGAAGAUUGCACUUUUUCAGGGCUGUGACCAGCAGAUGUUGGUGGACAUGUUACUCAGACUGAAGUCCAUCAUUUAUCUACCUGGAGACUUCGUCGUAAAAAAGGGAGACAUCGGUAAGGAGAUGUACAUCAUCAAAAGUGGAGCGGUCCAGGUGGUGGGAGGACCUGACAACAGCAUCGUGUUCGUGACCCUGAAGGCCGGCUGCGUGUUCGGAGAAAUCAGUUUACUGCAGUCGGCUAAGGACGGAGGGAACAGGCGCACAGCUAACGUGCGAGYGUACGGCUUCGCCAACCUCUUCGUUCUGGAAAAGAAGGACCUGUUCGACAUCCUCGUCCACUACCCGGAGUCCCAGAAGGUCCUGGCCAAGAAGGGCAGGCAGCUGAUGAAAUCCAAAGCUGCGACGGGAGCUCCGGCCAAAGAGGAGAAGCAGAAAGGUCUCGCUCUGUUUGGACAAAAACCACCGACGCCGAAGCUCCUCAGAGCCUUCGGCAACCUCCGUAAAGGAGGCCUCCUGGACAAACUGAAGGUAWAAGUCCUCGCUGACGUCAGGUCCAGCUCAGAACCGUUGGUGAAAUCUUCUCUUCUGUUCACAGAAAGGAGCGGAGGAGGCCAACUAGCAGCUCUGACCAAACUGGGGAGUAUGUUUUUAUUUUCAGUGCAGCUCAGAGAACARAAACAAAAGAAGCUUGUUGUAACACCUGAGCAGACAGCUGCACACUUACAUAGUUCGUAAAUAAAAUCAUUAUUGCA